AUGGGAUUACAUUCAGAUAUGUUUCAAUACUAUCAUUCCAAGACAGAUAUGACUCCAUACACCAAUGUUACUUGCAAUUUGACAAGAUAUGGCAGAAAAUUUAUUUAUUUGACAACUCCUUCUCUUCGGAAGUUUGCAGAAUCAUUUGGACCAAGUGUAUCAUCUAACAUUUCCGAUCAAUGCCCUACUGGAGUCGAAAUGAUCGAUCAUGGAUUAGAUAUCGGACUUAGACCAGCUGGAAGACUCUUCUUUACAGAUAUCAUGGUUACCAGUCAUCAAAGGAGUCCUUAUUUAUAUCACAGAGUUACUGACUUGACUUUGUCUUGGAUUGAAGACACAGGAAACUACGAAAUGAUCAAUAGAAUUGGCCAACCAUUAGUUUACGGAAAUCCACAUAUAUAUGACACAAAACAAACAGAUUUCUUUUAUUAUCCGCCACAAACCGUUUUUCCACAGAGUUUUCUUUACAAUGAUACCGAUUCUUCACCGGAAAACUCAAUCGGUUUUGACUUCUCAUUCUCUUCUGUUGACCAAAGUGUUCAAAUUAACUGUAAUGAAGAAUCUGAAUCAGAUUUCUGUAAAUACCCAGAGUUCUACAAUCCCUACAGUAGAACAACUUAUUACCCAUGGCCGGAGUAUGAUUAUCAGCCAAUAAAAAUGCCAAAAUUGUAUUGUCAGAAUAUGAAUGAAGCUGCGAUACCACGAAUGCUUACAGACGAAACAGAUUCAUGCGGAGAUUACAGGUGUGAUGAUAAUAAUACGAAAUUUACCAUUUUCUUUGUUACAAAUGAAAAUACAGGAGAUUACACAUCAAUUCAAUGUACAAAUAAUGAAUAUCAGUCAAAGAUUGGUAUUACAGUCAACAGAGUGCUUCAAGUUGGAUCAACAAAGAGAUUUACUUUGAGAUGUCCGAAUCCAAAAACUUUUUGCGAUGCAAGAGAACUAUUCCUAGAUUAUUAUGUUAACAUUCGAUCAUACACUCCUUAUCCGACAAUGGAUCUUAGAACUCCGUUCGAACCAACGAUUAUUCAGUUUGAUCCAUCUCGUUCUCCAUAUAUUGACCAGGUCAAGAAUCCAUGGCUCAUGCCAUUAAUUAUUUCAUCUGCUACAACAUUCCUUUUAGUUAUGAUUCUGAUUGUUACGCUUUUGAUAUGUUUCUUCAUGAAUGCUCAAGAAUACAGCGAUUUGUCAGAUAAUGAUACAACAGAUUAUACCGAACUUGAAAAUCUUUAG